CUCCAGGGGCCCCAGCGUCCUCCCAACACCGCUCAAAAGAUUGCACUCCGUAUCCAAACUUGGCUCAAGCCGUUUUUGGCUCAGCAUUUGGCAUUUGGGCCAAGAUUUGUUUUACGAUCCGGAGGCAGCCCAGCGGCGACCAGUUGGGGCGAAGCACCCUGCGCAACACUGCAGCAUGGCCACUCCAGGCACCGCAGGGAUGCCGAGUUUUGCGGGCGACGGUCUCCCUCUUGUCAGCGAGCAGCGACCGAGGCCAGCGUUGGCAUGGGCGGAGGCAUCCGGCGUGGCGCCCGCACCGAGGCAGCCCUCGACUCCCGGGAUGACUUGCGGGCGCCCCUGCGGAGUGGGCCGCGGCGGGGCCGUGCCGGGCCCUGGCGGCCUCGGCCCCGAGCAGAUCCGCAGGCCCCGUGCGUUCCAGCCUCCUCCGAGUUCGGCACCUGCGACUCUCGAAGACCUUCCCUACAUGAGGAGAGGCCCGACAUGCGGAUCCCCGAGCCUCGCAUGGGCAGCCGCACGUCACGCUGGCUCGUGGCUGGUGCCUUCGCGGCGCCCGAGUUGUUGCCGGGAGUGGAGCUGGCCGGCGGCGGGGCAGUUGGCAACCAGUCGAGCGACACCGAGUCCACCUCCGUCCUCUCCGAGGAGUCCUCGAUGCUUGGGCUCCACGGGACCAGUGAGAUGGCCGGUGAGGCUGAGCGGCCCCCCUGCACCUUGCUUGGGCACAAUCCUCUCAGCGGCGAUCCGUGCCGACGAUAUGAGGACCGCAAGGGUGAUCUGCCGAGUCUUGGCCAGAGCAUUUCCCGCAGGCCGUCCGUCUUCGACGAGCCCCGUGCUCCCCGGGCCCCAGCCGGUUCGGCCGCGAGCCAGCUGGGCCCACGCGCCCCAGAGAGGGGGCGCCUGGCCAGGCUUGCCCCCGCCACGCCAUGAGGUCGCUUGUCGGCGAGGGGGGGAAGGCGCCUGGCCUCUAGCAGCUGCGGCUUCUUUUUUUUUGUCCGGCGCAGACGGGGCCAGACGAAGACAGGACACGGCGACGAGCGACACGGCGAGUUGCCAAGGGGCGAGUUACCCUAAUCGUGGGUUUGGGGAAGUACCCUACCACAUGGCAUCUGGCAUUCUCGCACGCCCCAACGUGCCAGGGGGCACGGUGGCGGAUGGCGCGCGGAGCACGCCCGAAUUGCACGCUCGCCGGCAUUUGGAGGUGUGAUUGUAUAGCGGGUCUUAUUUAAGGGAUUCCGUCGCGAGGUGCGCAGAUGAUUCUUCGUGCAGUUUCCGUAGAUGUGUUUUCCCAUGCCCGCCCUGUUUAGGAUUGCCCCAGUCCCGUUUUUCUGUUUGCUAAUCGUUCUCCUCCGCCGCUGCGUCGCGUGAGGCUCGCGGCUCGCGGAGGAUUCUCCGGCAGGGCUCCGAAACGUCCAGUCGUGACUUCGGGAGCGUCCUGGACAGCGUUGCUUCCAAGAGGUCCUCGUCUGGACUGCGGACAGAUUUCCUUCUGAGAUGUAUCUUCGAAGAAGUCCUUGUGGACCUUACACAGCUUUGAUCGUUCGACGGGAAGCCUGAUUGGGGGCUGGGGUAGGGCACGAAUCAAACGUCCUUGGUGACCCCCAGCCAGGUCUCCGCCUGCUAGGAUUUCACGUCCAGCAGGCGUGUUGACUCUGGCAGAGAGGGCGUCGGAGGGGCUUUUUUUGGGCGUCAUCAUCAUCA